UGACCUCCGUACAGGCGCGCGCGCGGAACAGGCCGAGCAAGAGGGAGAGGAGUGAACAUCGCCGUGCUUUCCGCCAAAUGUCUCGUAUCUAAGUGCGAUAAAUGUGCGACAUCGGGCUGGUGGAGUUCUCGCAGCGGUUCAUAUAGUGAAAAUGGCAGGAUCGGGUCUAAGGACAGGACUAUAGGCUGCACUUAACUUUAUUCGCCUUUCCUGGCUCGGACGCGGAACUUGCAACGCCAAAAAGGUGAAGAAUGACCGAAUAUAAGCUGGUGGUGGUUGGAGCUGGAGGUGUUGGAAAAAGCGCUCUCACCAUCCAGCUCAUCCAGAACCACUUUGUAGAUGAAUAUGACCCUACUAUAGAGGACUCGUACAGGAAGCAGGUGGUGAUUGAUGGGGAGACAUGUCUGUUAGACAUUCUGGACACAGCAGGUCAGGAGGAGUACAGCGCCAUGAGAGAUCAGUACAUGAGGACAGGAGAGGGCUUCCUCUGUGUCUUUGCCAUUAAUAACACCAAGUCUUUUGAGGACAUUCACCACUACAGAGAGCAAAUUAAGAGAGUGAAAGACUCCGAGGAUGUCCCCAUGGUGCUGGUGGGAAAUAAGUGUGACCUGCCAUCCCGCACAGUGGAUACCAAGCAGGCUCAGGAUUUAGCACGUAGCUAUGGAAUUCCUUUCAUCGAGACCUCGGCGAAAACGAGACAGGGGGUUGAUGAUGCCUUUUAUACUUUAGUCCGGGAAAUCCGAAAGCACAAGGAGAAGAUGAGCAAGGAGGGCAAGAAGAAAAAGAAGAAGUCCAAGACAAAGUGUAUACUAAUGUGAAUAAUUCGUCCAUUUCAGUAUCAACUCUGAACAGCUGAAAUAUUAAAGAACUGCAUUUUGUACAUUACACUAAAUUAUUAGCCUCUUCAGAGUACAGAAUGGAUUCCUAUUUUACUUCAUUUGCUAUCUUACAAACAAAUAAGCUCACUCUUGUCUAGUGCCAGAUGCCCCAAUGUGUUGGUCCUAAAUUACUUUGUAAUAUUAAAUUACAGCCAACAAUGAAAUUAUAUUGCCAAUAGAGUUAUUCUCUGGGUAUAUUUUCCCCAAUAUUCACUUGGAGCUUGUGGUUUAGGAGAUGGAAAGAGAAUAGAGGCAACUAGCAUUCUGUGCUUCAGAAUCCUAAGGAUUAAUGUUUUAAUACGAGUUACGACUAGAUCUGUGGAGAGGAGUGUUUUGUGCAGUAUAAAUUAAAGGACAUGCAGUUGAACAUUGCAGUUUGCCACACAUAAUACUAAUAGCACAGUGAACUUUGCGUAUAAGUAAGUUCCUGUUCCAUAUUCUACUUAUUUCUUUUAAUAUUGUACAGAAUUGACCCUGUGAUUCUUCAGUCUGAUUUGGUUAUGAUAUAAUGAACAGUAUAUAUCCUUAUAUAAUGUCCUUAUGUAGGACCAACACUAUUUGGGGUAAUAUUUUGAUAUCUCCACCACUGUGUAACAGAUGGUUUACCUGUCUGGGAUGUCAGAUUUAUAUUAACCUGCAUGUGAACGUCCAUUGUAGUCCAAUUUUAAGCCUUUGAUAGUGUGUAUGGAUGGUAAACUCUUAACCCUGAUCAGCGUUUUCAAUUGCAUGCCGUUCUUUGUGUAAUUUCCUGGAAAGGCAAGGAAAUGUUAUAAUGCUGCGUUAAAACAGGCCCUGUUUUCCAGGUGGGAAAUUCUUACCCAACAGUUUUUUUUUUGAUGAUGUUAUUGUUUUCUUUCAGUGUUCAGUUUAAUUUAAUGGUUGUCCACAUUAAAUUAGCUUAGAGAUGAAUGAUAAUAGCUGGAAUUAAAGAGUAAAUGCUAUAGUAGAGUAUAAAUCAGUUUAGAUGGUGGGUUUCCCAGUCUUAUGGUUUGUGGUUAGUAAAUUUGUAAGUUGUAAUGAUUUUUAAAGUUGCACAUACAUUAUUGAGGAUUUUUAAGGAUACGUCUGUUCUGUACAACAUGAUUUCCCCUGUUGUACCCAGCCAAAUGCCUCUUUUUUUUUUUUUUUUUUAAAUAAAUGAAAAUGUAUCCUACCACUAAUAAUUAGUUAAUAAUAUUGAAUAUUAUCCAUCUACUGAUCAGGAAAAAAACAAGGCAAACAAAUGACUCCUGUCUCAAAUUGCUGCAUAAAUGGCUUUGCAGGGAGGCACAACUGACAACACAAGCUUCUCACUUCCUGUAUCAGGUACAUGGCUGUAGUAUUGUGAGCAGAGCUGUGAACAAAUCUAACACACAGACACACACAUCUGCCUUUUCUUGCUAAUUUAUCCCAAAAGGCUGAUGUAAAAUGAAAGGCAGUGCUGACAAUUAAAUGUCAUUUCAGAGAGCUGUUAAAAACAAUAGUUGCCUUUUUGUAUUCGUCUUUUUUUUUCUUUUCUUUUCUUUUGUAUCACAGAUCCUUAAUCAGUGCUUUUUCAUGUUUUUCCAUCAUAUUACAUGAAUGAAAUGGCCUGAUCUAUCGCUAAUGGUGCAUCUUCAAGGAGGCAAACAUGCAUAAAAUAAACAAAAUCAGGAUAACUGUUAUUAUGCAAUGUUAAUCCAGGUAAAGGCUGUUUUAAGCUGUUCUGUUACCUCUGUCCCAUUAAGAUAUGGUAACUUGAUGUCACGCUGUAUUCAAAUUAGCAGUCAUUUUUGUGUCUUUCCCCAUCUCACUCUUAAUGUCUCCUUCUCUUCUGUUUGUGGUGUGCCAAUGGAGAAAGUUCUUAAAAUACUUAAUGUAUACCUGGAGUGUAUUUUAACAACCUUUGUACAGUUGUGAUACAGAAAGAUGCAUAUUUUGUAAAUUGUGCUUUAGGUGGUUUUUUUUGUUAAUAAAUGUCACUUUAAUAGACCUGAAA